UUUCUCAUAUUUUACAAUAAUUUAAUUAUUGAGGCCCACGGUUUAAUUCUGACACGGUAUUUCAUAAAAAACACAAUAUGCAGUUCUGCACACACAAUGUUUUUAUGUUACCAUGUUUUCUACAUUAUUUACAAGGCCAUCAAAAGUUUACUUAGUUGUUAAAUUUUAAACAACAAAUUGUUGUAUUUUACAUACCUACUCAGAAAUCUAUCGCAUUAUAUUCUCUGCAAAGUAACAUUGCUGAUCGUUGUUUGUUGUUAUACGAACGAUAACUAUGAUUUCUUAUAAAGUUUUAAUAGUAUUAACUGUGACAUAUAUCAUAUGUUGCAGUUGUGGUGUUGGUGGAGACAUGACCCUUGAUGAAUGCAGUAAUAUAUUAUCCAAUGCUGGAUUUUCGGUUUAUUCGGGAUUAGUAGACUGCUGUUUUGUAAAACAAUUUCUUUCGAAUGAAGAGAUCGAAAAUACACAAUUGAACGAGAACGAAAAUACACAAUCGAACGAGAACGAAAAUACACAAUCGAACGAUGAUUAUGACAAUACAAAUGUCGAUGCGAGUUUUAACGAAUUUAAAACAUUUAUGGGGGAUCAGUACAAAGAGAAAAUAUUGCACGAUAUCGUAAAGGAAUUCUUCAAGUAUAAUGCAAAUAUAACAGCAGACAGCAGAUUAAAAACACCAAAAGAAUUUUGUUCUGACCUCACCAAAACACCAAUUGAAGAUUGUGAUGUUUGUGAAGUUUGUGAAGGUAAGUGGAAUAACUUUUUAACACAGCUACAAUGUUAG